CAAAUUUUCGGAGACGAGACAUGAACCGAAGUGGUAGAACAGUGUUGGGGAGUGAGGCUUGAAAUUGGCGCAGAUUCACCUUUUGAUGUUGUCCUCUCUCAUUCCCAGAACUCAUCACAGACUCACCUUCAUCACAAAAACACUAACCUCAUCAUGCGUGCAGUCCACCGUAGAACGCGUGUGCUCCCUCGUACACGAUUCCUACCACCACGCUCGAUUCUCCCCUCCACCACUCCAUCUGAGCAUCGACCCCGAUUCCCUCACCCACGACCAAGCCAUCACCGUCGUCGCCUCCCUCGCCUCCGACGCCGGUUCAAUGCUCGCCCUCGCUUUCUUCAACUGGGCCAUCGCCUCCUCCAAGUUCCGCCACUUCACGCGCCUCUACAUCGCCUGCGCCACCUCCCUCAUCGCAAACCGAAACCCCGACAAGGCCCACCUCGUCAUGCAGUGCAUGGUCACCGCUUUCGCCGAAAUCGGGAGGGUCAAAGAGGCCGUGGAGACGCUCAUCGAAAUGCACAACCAGGGCUUGACCCCCAGCACCAAAACACUCAACUGGGUCGUCAAGGUUUUGACCCAAAUGGGGUUGCUUGAGUAUGCAGAGAACCUGUUUGAUGAAAUGUGUGCGAGAGGGGUGCAGCCAAAUUGUGUCACUUACAGGGUUUUUGUUGUUGGGUAUUGUAAAGUAGGGAAUGUUUUGGAGGCGGAUAGGUGGUUGAGUGCCAUGGUUGAGAGAGGGUUUGUGGUUGAUAAUGCGACGUUGACGUUACUAGUGAGUGUGUUUUGUGAGAAGGGUUUUGCCACAAGGGCGUUGUGGUAUUUUAGGAGGAUGAGUGAGAUGGGUUUGAGGCCUAAUUUGAUUAACUUCACGUGUGUGAUUGAAGGGUUGUGCAAGAGGGGUAGCGUGAAGCAGGCGUUUGAGAUGUUGGAGGAGAUGGUUGGGAAAGGUUGGAAGCCCAAUGUGUACACGCAUACGGCUUUGAUUGAUGGUUUGUGCAAGAAAGGGUGGACUGAGAAGGCGUUUAGGUUGUUUCUUAAGCUUGUUCGAAGUGAGAAUCACAAGCCAAAUGUGCUUACUUAUACUGCCAUGAUUGGUGGGUAUUGCAGGGAUGGAAAAGUGAGCCGCGCUGAGAUGUUGCUGAGCAGGAUGAAGGAGCAGGGAUUGGUGCCGAAUACGAACACGUACACGACUCUCAUUGAUGGGCAUUGUAAAGCGGGGAAUUUUGAAAGGGUAUAUGAGUUGAUGGAUGUGAUGAAUGAGGAAGGUUUUGGUCUCAAUGUGUGUACGUAUAAUGCUGUUGUUGAUGGCCUUUGUAAAAAGGGAAGGGUACAAGAGGCUUACAAGGUGCUUAAGACUGGGUUUCGUAAUGGGAUGGAGGCUGAUAAAGUCACGUAUACUAUUCUCAUAUCUGAACAUUGCAAACUGGCGGACAUUAAGCAAGCGUUGGUGUUGUUCAAUAAGAUGGUCAAGAGUGGUAUUCAACCUGACAUUCAUUCAUACACCACGUUGAUUGCAGUAUUAGUAUUUUGUAGGGAAAAAAGAAUGAAAGAAAGUGAGAUGUUUUUUGAGGAAGCUGUGAGAUUUGGACUUGUUCCUACAAACAAAACUUAUACGUCAAUGAUAUGUGGUUAUUGCAGAGAAGGUAAUUUGAGUUUGGCUUUGAAGCUUUUCAAUAGGAUGAGUGACCAUGGUUGUGCUCCAGAUUCUAUUACUUAUGGUGCUCUUAUAAGUGGUCUGUGCAAACAAUCGAAGUUGGAUGAGGCUCGUGGGUGGUAUGAUGCCAUGAUAGAAAAGGGACUUACUCCGUGUGAAGUUACUCGAGUAACUUUGGCUUAUGAAUAUUGCAAGAUAGAUGACGGUGGCUCUGCUAUGGCUGUUCUUGAAAAGCUGGAAAAGAAACUCUGGAUCCGGACAGUUAAUACCCUGGUCAGAAAGCUAUGCAGCGAGAAGAAAGUAGCUUUGGCAGCACUGUUCUUUCAUAAGUUACUAGACAUGGACCCUCAUGUCAAUCGUGUAACAUUAGCAGCAUUUAUGACUGCAUGCUAUGAAAGCAAUAAGUAUACUCUUGUUUCUGAUUUGUCUGCAAGAAUAUACAAGGAAAAUCGAUUAGCAAUCAAGGUCACCAAGUAACAAAAUGUGUGAUGCGUCUUGAUGCUUUCUAAGGCUGGUUACAUCUGGAUACGUAACUAGUUGGAUUUUGUUGUUAAAGUAUUUGGGGUCAUAACUUGCUGGAGAUGAUUUGAUAUUUAUGGCAUCCUGAUACUGAAUUCUGCAUUAGAUUAUUAUGUUAACGUGAUCAACGAAUGGGGUCAUAAAGGGCACGGAUUCUGCAACUCACCAGGAAGAAGAGAGAAAGAAACUUUACCUGUCCGUAUCUGUUGCCACGAAGAUAGACAGAAAAAAGAGAACCAUGUCAAAAGUAAAACCACCAAUUUCAAAAGAGGGAUCCUCACUUUGGUAUUUCCCUGAGGAACCAGAAGAGGCACAUCAAUACUUUUUAGCUCAUUGUUUUCUUUGUACACGUGCCAACACUUUCCUUUCUUCAACCCUCUUCUAGCAGCCCCUUUUCAAGUUCUUCAAGUCCAUUUUUCCUCAUCUCUUCUGAUUCAACCUUCCAAAACAGCAACCCACUUGUGCAAGUUUUUGAGGUAGACCUAGCAAGAAAGAUGGCAAAAAGUAGAUCAAUCAUUCUGGGAAUACAAGGUUGCAAAUAACUCCGAGACUCACUCCCAGCAACAUGCAUACAUGGUUGUGAUGAAAGAGCUAUGUCAUAGUCAAUCAGUGACUUGUCACCGAAAUUUAGGACUUGUGGUGCACAUGUUGCCCAUAACCAAUAGACCCUCCUGUGACCAUAAAAGCUGAGAGCCUUGAAGAAGUUUUGAGGUAUAAAAAGGCCAUCACCACCUACUCCACCAGCACUAGAUAUGGCAGAAGCUAUGAAGUUCAGGACUUCAGCAAACACCAAAGGUCCUGAAAUAAGUAUCGGAGAUUGUGCUUCACCUCCCCAUACAUAAAUUUUCUCUAGGAAAUGGUCAAUAUUGAGUAUAUUUGAAAAGGGUUGUGUUUGUUUUGCAUUUGAAGGAUUGAAGGAAUGAAAGUGAGAACCAGAAGUGCAAGAGUUUGAGUCCUCAUUUGAUUUUGAGAGUUUCAGCAAUGGUAUAAGGAGUGCAUGAACUGGGAUUAUUAUGCCUUUAUAUAGGGACAUGCUUGAACUGUUAAUAAUGCUUAUUGUUGUUGGAAAAUAAAACGCAUAGCAUUUCUUUUUUGUAUACUAUAAUUAUUGUGUCA